AGGCAGGAGAAGGCGGGGAACUACAGGUCGCGCCAUAGAGCAGACUUCCUCGUCGUCGGCUAACACCCGGGGGGAGAGGCAGCGCGGCAGCCGAGGCGGCAGGGCACCCCAGGAGCCAUGGGGCGCGCGCGCGACGCCAUCCUGGAGGCGCUGGAGAACCUGACGGCCGAGGAGUUCAAGAAGUUCAAGAUGAAGCUGCUUUCGGUGCCGCUGCGCGAAGGCUACGGGCGCAUCCCUCGGGGGACGCUGCUGCCCCUGGACGCCAUGGACCUCACCGACAAGCUCGUCAGCUUCUACCUGGAGGGGUACAGCGCCGAGCUCACGGCGGCCUUGCUGCGGGACAUAGGCAUGAAGGAGCUGGCCCAGCAGCUGCAGGAGGUCACAGGCCAGGGCUCUGGGGCCGCACCAGCCGGGAUCCAGGCGGCAAGCGUGUCAGCACUGCACUUUGUGGACCAGCACCGGGCUGCCCUCAUCUCGCGGGUCACGGACGUGGACGGGGUGCUGGAUGCCCUGUACAGGAGGGUGCUGACAGAGGAGCAGUACCAGGCCGUGCGCGCUGAGCCCACCAACCCCACCAAGAUGAGGAAGCUCUUCAGCUUCGCCCCCGCCUGGAACGUGACCUGCAAGGACAUGUUCCUUCAGGCCCUGAGGGACACCCAGCCCUACCUGGUGUCCGACCUGGAGAGGAGCUGAACUGCCGCUGCCAGAACUGCCAGGGGGGUGUAGUAUAUGCGUCUACUUUUUAAUACAGAAUAUAUGCAUGAAAUCA